AUGCCUAGGCAGACUAAAUCCAAAAACAUUCGUGAUGUACAUAAUAAACUCAAUAUACACGAAACCCAAGUUAAUUUACCUGACAUUGAAUUAAGGUCACCAUUCCUACCUGUCAUCACAGUCGAAGAGCUUUGUAAACUCAAAAGAUUUUCUCCACAUGACAACAAGCCAGGUCAAUCUCCCAAUUCGUUUAUUAUUUAUAAAAUGGAACUCCAUCGUGAAAUUAAAAAAACAAAUGUUCGCCUUGGUGAUUUUUCCAAGAUAGCAAGUAAACUGUGGGAAAAUGAACCAGAAUGUGUAAAAAUUGCCUAUAGGAAGUUGGCUGAAGCCGUAAAAUCCGAACACAAAAAGAAAUUUCCGUUUGUUUUCUUGCAAGAUAAGAUUAAAGAACAUUAUGUGACUGUUGAUUCUGAUCAACCGAUUAAUGUUAACCAAGCAACUAAUAUCCUUAAUAAGAUUGAAGUUGAUAAUAUGGAUUAUACUCUAAAUGUGGCUGAAUUUGAGUUGGCUAAAUGUGAUCUGGCUAAAUGUGAUCUUGUGGAUAAUGUUAAUCAGGUGGCUGGUGCUGUUAAAGUUGAUCACUUUGGUUAUGAUUUCAAUGUGGCUGAAGCUAAGUUGGCCAAACUUAAUCUCGUGGAUGAUACAAUUCAGGCGGCUGGUGCUAUUAAAGUUGAUCAUCAAGUUGAUCAUUUGGAUUAUAAUUAUUAUAAUUUCACUAUGACUGAAGUUGAGUCGGCUAAUCUUAAUCUUGUAAACAAUACAACUCAAAUGGCUGGUGCUGUUAUGGUUGAUCGUUUUGGUUAUGAUUUUAAUAUGGCUGAGAUUGAGUCAGCUAAAGUUAAACUUGUAGAUAGUACAAUUCAAAUGGGUAAAGAUACUAAGAUGAUUGAUAUCCAUUCGGCUGUCGCUUGCCAAGUCGGGGAGAAGCAUGAACCUCGCAUUAUCGAAGAAUUUUAUAUUCCUAUGUCUGAUAACAUAUCUUCGACCAAUCCUUUUGUGCACUUCUCAGAUAGUGAUUUACGUACUCCAUCAUUUGAUUAUCAAUUCUAUGAUCAUAAUUGCUGCAUUAAUAAACUUUUUUUCUUGGGUAAUCCUUCUUAUUCUCCUGAGAGUAGCCUUUGUUGCUAUCCCUUACCUCAUAAAAACUCUUUUAAUCCCUGA